AUGGAGGAGCAGGAAGUUCUUGAUAUUGCAGCAAGUGUGGGUGGUGGCAUUGGUGUAUGGCCCAUAAAAUAUUUGGGAUUACCGCUGGGAUUCCCCUUGUCAAAGGAGUUUUGGAGGCCGGUAAUUGACAAAGUGGGGAAGAGGCUGGAUGAUUGGAAGAAAGGUCUUCUGUCUAAGGGAGAGAGACCAACAUUGAUCCAAUCAGUUUUGUCAAAUAUUCCCAUUUAUUAUUUGUCCAUUUUUAAGUUACUGGUUUUUGUAACGAAUGUGUUGGAACGAGGAAUGAGUGUUCCUUUGGGAUGGGGACAAGGAACCGAAAACGGAUUUGUUUGGUGA